UGUGGGCGGAAACGUUGGGCCCAGCGAUCGCUUUUUUUUGAAAACGCCAGCGCCAGUGUGCAGCCAUGGGCCUUAAGAAGAACGAAAAUGAUGGUCCUAUUUGUACUUUUGUGAAGGGUGGCCUUACAGGAUUUAUUGAAGCGAUCAUUUGCUACCCCACCGAGUUUGUCAAGACACAGCUGCAGCUGCAGUCCAAGUCCAACCCUGAAUACAGCGGCAUGUUGGACUGUGCCCGGAAGACCGUGGCGCAGCACGGGCCGCAGGGCUUGUAUCGCGGUGCCCUGCCGUUGAUCCUGGGCUCGAGUGGGAAGCAGGCGGCACGGUGGACGGGAUAUGAAACCGCCGCCAACGCCAUGAAGGAUGAUCAGGGCAAGUUGACCAUCCCCAAGCGCAUGUUGGCGGGCGCCUGCGGCGGCGUCUCCGAAGCCAUCCUGGCGGUGACGCCCAUCGAGACGCUGAAGACCCGGGUCACGGACGACGUGCGCCGCGGGACCAAGAACUACACGGGGUCCUUCGAUGCCGUGGUGAAGAUCCUCAAAAGCGAAGGGCCAGCUGGGUUGUACAUGGGCUUGGUGCCCACCAUCGCCAAGCAAGCCACCAACCAAGCAGUUCGAUUUCCGGUGCAGUUCUAUGCCAAGCAGUUCUUGACCGGUGGGGACAAGAGCUUGGAAACCAACCCCAUCUACAACGGACUCGCGGGCGCCUUCGCGGGAGCCGUCUCCGUUCUUGCGACCAUGCCGCAGGAUACGGUGAAGACACGAAUGCAAGGUGAAGAGGCCAAGAAGCUCUACAAGAGUACCACAGAUUGCGCAAUGCAAAUCUUGAAGAAAGAAGGACCCAUGUUUUUCUACUCGGGCACCUGGCCUCGUAUGAUUCGAGUUUCCCUGGAUGUGGGCAUUACCUUUGCCAUCUUCCCGAUCCUGGGUAAAAUCAUCAGCUUCCCCUACUGAGCUGUCAGCUUCUCGCAGCCCCCCGCAGCGGCUGAGAUUGAAAGGAGCAGCGAUUGGUCAAGGGUGAGAGAGCCAGAAGGGGGAACAGAUAUACUCAGGCUCCAUGAAUUUGGU